AUGGAAUCAGAAGAACGGGAUUCUCCACGCGUAAAGUUUGAUAGCAAUAAGAUGAGCCAGACGAGUCAGCACGAUGGUAGUGUCGUUGGAGUUAAAGACGCAUCGGAAUCUGUUCAGAACGUACCAAAAUUCAUUUACAACGGGUAUGUCUGCAACCUCCACAAUCUGAAAUUCAGCCAAAGCGUGCGUCUCCCAGAUCCCAAUAAUCCGGCCAAAAUAGUCACUACGACGUCGACGACUACCUUCUCAAUGGAUAGGCAGAUGGCUAAGGGUGUUUGUCAAAUAUUCAUGGAUGCGCACCUCAUUGAGAAUGCAGCUGAUGUCAGCGUCCGAUCGUUUAAAGAUAGGGGGAUCUACAUGCUCACUGGAAAGGGGUUGCAUGUGCUUGAGCGUUUUAUAUCCAAAAAUGGUAUCAGCGCUGAGCACCUCAUUGGUGUGUUCUCCACGCAAUCCAUAUGUCUCAAGCUGCUCCACCUCGAAAGACGUCCGAUUGACGAUGAGAUACUCAUCAACAAGCAGAUAAUCCAUGUCGUUUUCAGACGUUUUGUUGGCAGGCAGCCUAAUUAUCACAUAGCGGGUGGUGUUGAUAGGAGCAAUGGGUUGGGCGUGAGCGAUUUGCACGUUUCGAAGGGCAGUGUUACCACCGAAGCUGCAGAGGGCGACGUGCAGCACACAUUCAACUCCCUCAACGCCCUCGCCUGGCUGCUCGACUUUACCACUAUCGCUGGGCGUGACGAGGCCGCGGAGACGGCUGCCCACUUUGUCCGCUAUGGCUUAAUAGCGCUGGUGAGCGACAAGGGGAAGCGUGACGACGAUCUCGUUGUGACUGUCAACUAUAUCAACCAAGGUAGCGAGAGUAUAGACUGCGAAUUUAGAGCUGGCGCUAAAUGCACAUACGGAAUUACAGCUGCAGGAAGACGCGUGGCGUUAUGGGAGACAGGCUCGGUGGGUUCAGUGGGCUCGCCGAACGAGUCGGUAGAGUCUUUCGACCACUCCUCCCAAUCCAAGCAGAGAGACAGAGAUGGAGACAGGGAUUCGCCCAGUCUCCACCGCCAGCAGAGCAGGGGCGGGCAGCUGCAGGCGCAGUAUGCUCACGAGCGCACUCGCGAUGCUGCCGUCGCUGUAUCCGGUGCGCACCACAAAGAGAGCAACACUGGUCGUUUGAAGCAGAUCCUUGACGAUCCCGCCCUCAGAAGUCUCUUCCGUGAGUUCCUCAGAAGCAACUUCUGCGAAGAGAAUCUGUCGUUCUGGCUCGAUGUGCACGACUUCAAGAGGAAGUUCUCUACUACUUCCUCGGCCGUAGCGCGGCCGCAGCACUUUGGCAUCUUCUCUAAACAGUCACAUUCACAUGCCCACGACAAGAAGGCGACACCAACAGCGAUGCAGCAGCACCAACAAGACAUCAACGCUAUGGCGUGCGUCAUCUACAACACUUACCUCGCACCCAGCUCACCAAGCGAGCUCAACAUCGACCAUGGGCUACGAGCGGAAUUGGUGAGCUAUAUGACUGGGAUAAAGCGGGAGGCGCGCGACAAGUACGGGACGGAGAUCAGACCUGAUACUGAGGUUGGGGAGGAGAUUGGUAUCGGACAGAUGCCACUGCAAGCUUCGCAGGUCAGUCGCCUCAUUUUCCUUUAUGAGCGCAUCCAAGCGUAUAUCUUCCGCCUGAUGGCCACGGAUAGCGUACCAAAGUUCGUGCGCACGGAACGUUUCCUCAAUCUCAUGAAGACUUUCGAGGAGUAUCAGGCAAGCUUGGCGGAGAACGCGCCGCCUGUGCCUCCCCUUCCACUGCCAAAGGAAGGAGACAACAAGUCGCAGUCGCAGUCACGCGGCUCACUCAACACACCCUCCACUACAUCCCUGCGCUCGUCGAAGAAAAGCCAGGAGGCUCUCACUGUUGGUGGUGCACACGCAGCUGCGAAUUCCAAUCCAUCGCUGCGUAGUAAGAAGAGUUUCGGGGAGAAUUAA